UUCGGGUUUGCCGUUUCGGAAAAAAAUCGAGUAAGUUAUAAACAAGCCUCGAUGUCCUCACUACAAUCUUGUCCAGGUGGGGAGGGAAGUGCAGAUAGGCACAGCUAUUAUUAGUUAGUGACCUCAUGAAGUUUUACACAAAUUCAACCAGUGUAAAAUUUAGAUGGGAUCAAGUCAGCAAUGCUGUCUUCAAACGCUACCCAAACCCAUGGAGUAAGCACGUUCUUAGUGAAGAUGUUAUCAGUCGUAAAGUGGAUGGUCCAAUCCUACGAACUGUUCGAAUUCUGACUAAAACAAACAAGGCACCAAAAUUUGCUUCAAGGUUUGUUCCGACCAGUCCGGGAUGUGUCAUAGAAGAAUCUCACAUUAAUGCGAAAGAGAAGACGAUUGUAACCUACACCAGAAACCUAUGUUAUAAACAUAUUAUGGAAGUAGAUGAACGUUGUGAAUAUAAAGUAUCGCCCGAUAGCAAAAGCUGGACACUUCUUACACGACAAGCGUGGAUUAGUUCCUCGUUGUAUGGCUUCGCAAGAGCUAUAGAAUCUCUUGGUGUAGAAAGAUAUAAGAAAAAUAUUAAAAAGUCUGUCAAAGGACUGGAAUACAUACUGACCAAGAUGUAUAUCCCAGACAAAAUACCAUGUAGUAUAAACACGACUGUUCCUAUACCUCAUACGAUGUAGUCGAUAAUUCAUUGUUAGAUGUUUAUGUUUUUAUGAAAAUUUUUCUAAAGAUAAGAAA